AUGAAGCUGCUGUCAGUCCUCCUCCUGGUUUCUCUGCUGACCUGCUGUGCUCCUUUCAUCCUUCCGCUGGACUGCAGUGAUGUCUAUAACCAAGACACCAGUCGAACCAGCGGAGUGUACACCAUCUAUCCCAUUGGAGCCACAUCUGCUGUCCUGGUGUACUGUGACAUCGGCUCACAAGGACAGUGGACAGUGUUCCAGAGGAGGUUGGAUGGCUCGGUGAACUUCUACAGACCCUGGGAUCAGUACAAGACGGGCUUUGGUAAUGCUGCUGGAGAGUACUGGCUCGGUUUGGAAAAUGUCUUCUACCUGACGCAGAGAAAAAGGUACAAGCUGAUGGUCAACAUGGAGGAUUUCGAUGGAAACAAGGUGUUUGCUCAUUACUCCUCGUUCUCCAUCGAUGGAGAGUCUGGCGGCUACAAGCUGAAUGUGUCUGGAUUCACUGAUGGAGGGGCAGGAGAUGGACUAAGUUAUCAGAACGGACAGAAGUUUACUACAUUUGACAAAGACCAGGACAGUUGGCCAGGAAACUGUGCCAAAAGUUUCCAGGGAGCAUUCUGGUACAACAACUGUCACCAUGCAAACCCUAAUGGAGCUUAUCGCUGGGGAGCCGACAACACUUUUUAUGCUGUGGGAGUGGAGUGGGCAAGGUGGAAGGGUCAUAACUACUCCCUAAAGACCAUCAGCAUGAAGCUCAGUCCAGUGCAGUAA